UCUCUCAGUUCGUUUUUAACUUUCGGCGUGAGUGCAUCGUUUGUUAUACGGCCACUGGAAGGCAGCAACAACAACAACAGAGACAGCAAGGCAAAAGCAACAACAAGUGACGUGCAACAACAACAAGAACGGGAAACAAGAAAGAAGAACAGCAUGUGUUGCAUGCAGCAGUGAACAAAUACAAAUACAUAUAUAUAUAUACAUAUAUGAAAGAAUAAACAAAACAUAAACACAAGUUUUCUAUUAAUAUUUCACACAAGGAAAGUGAACUGAAAAUCAUAAAAAACGAGACCGAAAAGUCGCUUGAACUGCUCCCAGGAAAAGUUCUCGUAAAGCCCCCGAAAAUGUGUUAAGAGGCACGCGGAAAACGUGAAAAUCAACCGAUAAGAACGGAAAACGCUUUAUCAGCACCAUGGACAUGACCAAGCAGAUCGUGGACUUCGAACUGAAGUCGGAGUGCGAGGUGGACCAGUACGAGCCCAGUGACUACACAAUGCCUCCAUUGGAUGAGCCCAAGGUGGUAAUGGAACCUCAAUUCGAGGAGCCAGAGGACCUAGACAUGAAGUACUCCCCCGAGAGGAUGACAGAGCCCACUUCGGAGGAGCAAAAGGAGGUAGCUAACCAGCCAGAAAAAGAAACAGAGUCCUUGGGACACAUGAAAUCCCCCGAGAAGGACAUGGAAUCAGUGCUGGUGAAGCCCAAAGAGAGUCCGGCCAAUGAUGAACCCCUGACCCCCCCACCACGACCUUUGACCUCUAGUGAAGUGGUGGGUCUCCGGGAUCCCGACGAUCCCGAGUUGCGCCUGCGCCUGGAGGCCAAGAAGUCGCGCUCCCUGCCAGUCUCCCCACAACCCCAGCAAAGUCUCAAGAUGGCCGGCUCCGCACUCUUCGAGUUCGGCCAGAGAUCCUCUCCAGCGGAGGCCAAGAUCAAGCCAAAUCCCGAGGUGAAACCUCCCAGGCGGAAAAUGGCCCCUCCCAGUGGCGGUGGGGAUAACCAACAGUUCUGUUUGAGGUGGAACAACUACCAGUCCAACCUGACAAACGUCUUCGACGAACUCCUGCAGAGCGAAUCCUUCGUGGACGUGACCCUCUCCUGCGAAGGGCACUCGAUCAAGGCCCACAAGAUGGUCCUCUCCGCCUGCUCACCCUAUUUCCAGGCCCUGUUCUACGACAAUCCCUGCCAGCAUCCCAUCAUCAUAAUGCGGGAUGUCAACUGGACCGACCUUAAGGCCCUCGUGGAAUUCAUGUACAAGGGCGAGAUCAAUGUCUGCCAGGAUCAGAUAAAUCCCCUGCUGAAAGUGGCCGAGACCCUAAAGAUCCGGGGUCUGGCGGAGGUCAGCGCGGGAAGGGGCGAUGGAGGCGCCUCCGCUCAUCCCAUGUCCGUCUACGACGAAGAGGAAGAGGAGGAGGAGGAGCUGGCCUCGGCCACAGCAAUCCUGCGACAGGACGAUGAAGCCGAUCAGGAAAUGAAGGCCAAGAGACCGAGACUUUUGCCCGAGGGCGUCUUGGAUCUGAACCAAAGGCAGAGGAAGAGGUCCAGAGAUGGCAGCUAUGCCACUCCCAGUCCCUCUCUGCAGGGCGGAGAGACGGAGAGUACCGAGAGGGGAUCCUCCGCCACUCCUGGACAGAACCAGAGCCAACCUCUGGCCAUGACCACUUCGACGAUAGUGCGCAAUCCCUUUGCCUCUCCCAACCCCCAGACCUUGGAUGGCAGGAACAGUGGUUCCACCAGCGGAGGAAACCAGAGGAACUCGCCACAACCGUCUUCGGGCCACAGCAAUGGAAACAGCGGUGCCGCCAUGCACUCUCCACCCGGAGGCGUGGCCGCCCAGUCCGCUCUGCCACCCCACAUGGCCGCCGCCGUGGCAGCUGCCGCUCACCAUGCCGCCGUCGUGCCCCCGCCCCCGCCAGCCAUGCACCAUCAUGCCGCCGCCACCGCUGCCCAGCAGUUGGCCGCCCACCAUCAGUUGGCCCACUCGCAUGCCAUGGCCAGUGCCCUCGCAGCCGCCGCAGUUGGCGCGGGAGGCACAGGUUCCGGCAGCGGAUCUGGACCCAGUGCUCCCACUGGAGGAGCAGGAGCAGCGGGAAGCGCCUCCGCUUCGUCAGUGGGCUCCCACCACGAUGACAUGGAAAUCAAACCAGAAAUCGCCGAGAUGAUCCGCGAAGAAGAGAGGGCCAAGAUGAUCGAGAGCGGAGGCCAUGGUGGCUGGAUGGGAGCUGCAGCCGCAGCAACUGGGGCAGCUUCAGUGGCCGCAGACAGCUACCAGUACCAGCUGCAGUCCAUGUGGCAGAAGUGCUGGAACACCAACCAGCAGAACCUGGUCCAGCAGCUGAGAUUCCGAGAGCGAGGACCCCUGAAGUCCUGGCGCCCCGAGGCCAUGGCCGAGGCCAUUUUCAGUGUCCUGAAAGAGGGUCUCUCCUUGUCGCAGGCCGCCCGCAAAUACGACAUCCCCUACCCCACCUUCGUCCUCUAUGCCAACAGAGUCCACAACAUGCUGGGACCCUCGCUAGACGGCGGGGCUGAUCCCAGGCCAAAGGCCAGGGGUCGUCCGCAGCGCAUCCUGCUGGGCAUGUGGCCCGAGGAACUCAUCCGCAGCGUCAUCAAGGCGGUGGUGUUCCGGGACUACCGCGAAAUCAAGGAGGACAUGAGCGCCCACCAGUACGCCAACGGACAGGCCCAUGGUUCCUACAUCGGAGGAAGCUCCACCUCGAACGGCUAUCACAGUGCUGCAGCGGCCAAGAUGGCUGCCCAGAAUGCCGCACUGGCUCCUCCGGACGCCGGAAGUCCGCUGAGCUCCAUGACGGAGACCCUGCGCCGCCAGAUCCUCUCGCAGCAGCAGCAGCACCACCACCAGCAGCAGUCCCACCACCAGCAGCAGCCCUCGCACCACCAACAGCAGUCGCCCCACGGCCAGUCCAUGAACAUGUACAAGUCCCCAGCCUAUCUGCAGAGAUCCGAGAUCGAGGAUCAAGUAUCCGCAGCGGCGGCCGUGGCAGCGGCGGCGGCCAAGCACCAGCAACAGGGCGAUCGAAGGGGUUCGGAGAACCUGCCCGAUCUCAGUGCCCUGGGUCUGAUGGGUCUUCCCGGCCUGAAUGUGAUGCCCUCCCGCGGAUCUGGCGGAGGAAGUGGCGGCUCGGCGCCCAACAGUGCCGCCUCCUAUGCCCGCGAGCUGUCCCGCGAAAGGGAACGCGAUCGGGAGCGCGAGAGGGAGAGGGAGCUGUCCCGCCAAUAUGGCAGCCAAUCGCGGGGAUCGAGUUCCGGUUCCGGCAGCGCCAAGUCCCUGACCGCCAGCCAAAGACCAGGAGCAGCCUCGCCCUACUCCGCCGCCCACUAUGCCAAGCACCAGGCGAGUGCCUACAACAAGAGGUUUCUGGAGAGCCUGCCCGCCGGCAUCGACUUCGAGGCCAUUGCCAACGGGCUGCUCCAGAAGUCGGUGAACAAGAGCCCGCGCUUCGAGGACUUCUUCCCGGGACCAGGCCAGGACAUGAGUGAGCUGUUCGCCAAUCCGGACGCAGCUGCUGCUGCUGCCGCGGCGGCCGCCUAUGCGCCGCCUGGCGGGGCAGGAGGCGGCGCCAUCCGGGAGUCCCCUCUCAUGAAGAUCAAGCUGGAGCAGCAGCAUGCCACCGAACUGCCGCACGAGGAUUGAAUCCUGGGCAGGGGCGGGUCGCAGGGGGCGGCUCACUGGAAGUGACCAGCAUUAGGGUGGGACAACUUCUUUUAGGUAACCAAAAGAAAGUGAAAUCAAGGGGUGCUCAGUAAUCCUUGGAUUAAAGUAAGUAAUUAUGAUUUUAGAACAAGCUUUUUUGGGAAGAUGUGUAAGGUUUGAAGGGGGGACUUGUGUAAAGAACUUAAGCUGCAUUUUAUUUAAGGAUUCAUCUAUUAAAAUAAUAGUUAAAACAUGUAGGAAGCUAGCAGCCCUUGUAAAGUGUGACUGAUAAGGUAAUGAAAUUGGUUACUGGCAACAUGCAAUAUCUUACUUUUUGACCUAGGAAAAUAGCCCGAAAAGUCCAAAGAUUACUAGCCCCUGAAAGAAAGCAUUUCCCCAGAGCUGGGAAAGCCACCCUGAAACCCAAAAGAAAAAGAAGGAAAAACACAUUUGGACUGCUACUUGAACCCCAACGUUUUAGUGUCUAGGGCUUAGUUGAAGUUGCUAACUGGUUUUAUGCCUAGGCUAGUUUAGAGCGUAACGAGGACGGUAUAAAGUAUUAACCUAUUAUUAAAGCACACCCAAACACACACCCCAACACACACCCCAACACACACAUAUGCAUACUUCGGAACUUUCCUGUAAGGAUAGGAUCUCGUACUUUGUCUUAUUUAUUUCCGAGAGAAUUCGUUGCGUUGAUUGCCUUUUUUGCCACGCGAAAAUAAUAAUAAUGAGUAGGAUUAACGAUAAAGUAACCGCGUUUAAGGUUACGAUUACGAUUACGAUUAUGAUUACGAUAAACGAUUAACGAUUAGAGACUUGUGCAUUUCUUAAAUGUAGCUUAACCCUAGACUAGACUAGCUCACCACCACAAACACACACACACUGAAUGUUGUCAAAUCCGGUAAUUACAACUUUAUAUAAAUAUAUAUAUAUAUAUAUUAACGCAAAUACUUUAGGUACAUAGAGCCACACAGAUAGGUAGAGUGCAUACCCAGGCACUUACAUAACAUUAACAUAUACAUAUACCUAUACCUAUACAUAUACUUAUAUUAAUGGUAUUUCCAAAUGUAACUGUAAAUAAUGUACAAAUUUCCAUAGCUUUAGGCUUCGACUUAAUCUUAGACUUACCCAACAGCCCCUUCGCAGCACUUCUUCUAUGGUAAUCGCAUUGUAAAUGAACGAAUGAGCAAACAUCGCAGGCAGCAGGCAGCAGGCAGCAUCACAUUAAAUUUGUGCUAAUUUUAUGUAAACAAUGACACACCCAUACACCCACACACCCACACACACACACACUACACACUCGACUGUCAGAUAUGCAUAUGUAUUGUCCGUACUCUGUGAGUGAACUAUUAUUAUUAUACCUAUUAUUACGACUAUUAUUAUAUAUCCCCAGAGAUGCGCGAGGCACUCUUGAGUUUAGUUAAACAGUAAAUUAUACAACAAUAAACAGAAAAUAAAACAAAUUGAAAAGCUAAAUGUC